UCUCCGCCGGGAGCAACCAAAGCGGCGCGGGGGACAGUUUCCAGCCGGAGCCCUUUCCCAAGCGGCCCGCCCUUUCCGCCGCGGAGGAGGCCGCGGGACUGCCGCCAUGCCGCAGAACGAGCACAUCGAGCUCCACCGCAAGCGCUAUGGCUACCGGCUGGACUACCACGAAAAGCGGAGGAAGAAGGAAGGCCGGGAGGCGCACGAGCGGUCCCGCAAGGCCAAGAAGAUGAUCGGGCUGAAGGCGAAGCUGUACCAUAAGCAGCGGCAUGCCGAGAAGAUACAGAUGAAAAAGACCAUUAAAAUGCAUGAAAAGAGAAAUACAAAGCAGAAGAGUGAUGAAAAAACACCCAAAGGAGCUGUACCAGCAUACCUGCUGGACAGAGAGGGCCAGUCCCGGGCCAAGGUCCUCUCUAACAUGAUCAAACAAAAAAGAAAAGAAAAAGCUGGGAAGUGGGAGGUUCCUGUGCCAAAGGUUCGUGCACAGGGAGAAACAGAAGUUUUAAAGGUGAUUCGUACAGGAAAGAGAAAGAAGAAGGCAUGGAAGAGGAUGGUUACGAAAGUUUGUUUUGUUGGAGAUGGCUUUACUAGGAAGCCUCCUAAGUACGAGCGAUUCAUUCGACCAAUGGGCUUACGUUUCAAGAAGGCACAUGUGACACACCCUGAACUUAAAGCUACAUUUUGCCUACCUAUCCUUGGUGUAAAAAAGAAUCCAUCAUCUCCUUUGUAUACACAACUGGGAGUAAUUACUAAGGGCACCGUCAUUGAGGUGAACGUGAGUGAGCUUGGUCUUGUGACACAAGGGGGCAAAGUUAUCUGGGGAAAAUAUGCCCAGGUAACUAACAAUCCGGAAAAUGAUGGCUGUAUUAAUGCAAUUCUUCUUGUUUAAAUUGGAUACCAAGAGUUGGAUGUGGGCAUCUACAAAAUAAGUGGACUUUACCCAAAUUUACAAAAUCUUUGGAACCUUCAGCCAUUCUGUAAGUGACCCCACAAGCCGAUGAGGAACUUCAGCCAGAAACAACUGCUCACAUUUUUUUAUUUAUGUUUGCUCAGCUGAACAUUGUCCAAAUAAAGAUAUUUAAUUUUCAU